AAUGAUACUUGGAACUGGAAAAGAAAUAAAAUUCCUUAUAAAAUCCCUUCUACGAAUAUGGAACUAUGGACGACUUCAAAGGUGUGGUUGAUGGUGGUGCUCUACAUUGGUUGGCCAAUUGGGAUUAUUAUUCGGCGCCACACAACAUGAAUUUUUUCGUUUUUUUUGCGUUUGAUCUCGCCACCGAGUUGUUUCAUGAGAUUGCAUUGCCCAAAGAUGCAAAAUUUAACGCCUUCGGAGCAGGGGCGGAGGCAGAAAUUUUCUUCAGGGGACAAGAUGCUAAAAUUUUCAAAGGGGACGAGUGCCCCCCUCGCACCCCCUGGCUCCGCCACUGCUUCGGAGCACUGGGAGGCAACCUUGCAGCGACAUCUCAUGAGUAUACUCGUAAGUAUACUGAAGGAGAAAUAAAUGUGGACGUUGAUAUAUGCGUGAUGGAGGACAGAGCAAAGCAGUCCAGGACUAAAUUGUACCGGAUAUUAGGAAACAGAUGGUCCAAACAUCCAAGGCCUCUAGCCUACUUGAGAAGUGGUACUCAAAUCCUGUUAAAGGGUUAUAAUCGUUGUUCCAGCCCUAUUCUGUACAAUCCGAGGAAUGGAAAAGUGGAGGAUUUAUAUAAUGAGGAAGUGAUGCAAAAGUUUAUUGUUGGAUUGAGUUGAAUUUUUGUCUAGGUGUUUACAGAAUAUAGAUCUACAUUUUGAAUGAUCAGUUUUUCAUUUGGAAAGUUUUGUUUUUGUGUUGCAGCCUCAUUUUCUUUGUUGGUUUGUAAUUUAUUAUUCCUCUUAUUUGGUACUGUUUUUGAAUCCUUUCAAAAAAAGAUAUUGUAUACUCUCUUUUAUUAUAAUGAAGUUUUUUUUUUUUU